GGGUUUCUCGCCAUCUGUGACGGGUCUUCGGCGGCACCCACCGCUCAGCGCCUGCGCAGACUGAGGACCACGGUCACCAUGACAGCGACCGCCGGGGCCCCUGGAUCUUGGAGUGAAAACAUACUGGAAUAUUUUCUCAGAAAUAACCAGAUCACAGCAGAAGAUGGCGCCCAGAUCAUCUGGUAUCAUGCGGCUAACCACAAGGUGCAAGUGAAUGAGGCACUGAGAAGUACUGCUCAUAUGAUAGAGGCUGAUGUCAUUUUUCCAAGUGAUGGGUCAGAACAUGGCCAACCAAUCAUGGCUCAUCCUCCUGAAACAAACAGUGAUAAUACUUUACAGGAAUGGCUGGCUGAAGUUAUAAAAAGCAAUAAAGGCAUCAAACUGGAUUUUAAGAGUCUGGCAGCUGUAGAACCAUCCAUGAUGCUCUUGGAAAAUGUGAAGAGGCAUCUGAAGCGUCCAGUGUGGAUGAAUGCUGAUAUUCUUCCUGGUCCAAAUGGAAAUAGCAAAGUAGUGGAUGCAAAACCUUUUAUAGACACUGUGACAUCCUUCUUUCCAGAUGUGACAUUUUCCCUAGGUUGGACAACAGGAUGGCAUCCUGAGAAAGUCAAUGAAGGUUACAGUUGGAUAAUGGUGAAAGAGAUGGAAUAUAUAUGUAAUGAACUAAGUCAGCUUGUAACAUUUCCUGUCAGAGCAGCAUUAGUCAGGCAGUCUUGUUCUCAGUUACUUUGGCUGUUAAAGCAAUCAAACAGGUACAGCCUGACUGUUUGGACUGGAAAAAACGAUAGCUAUUCCACUGAAGAUUUACUUUUUAUUAGAGGCCAUUUUGACAAAAAAAGAGUUUUCUAUGACAUCUUGGAACCACAAAACCAUGAAUUUAAACAAGCCAUUGGAAUCAAAAUUAAUCUCUAAGAUGAAAAUUCUGCUAAAUUAUUUCAUGUUUUCGUUUCAUAAUCCUUUGCUUUGGUCUGAAUUGGUUACCAUAUAAAUUACGAUGAUUGAUUUAUGUUCCAGUUUAUCCAAUCAAAAAACACUUACUGAGUGCUUACUCUGUUAGGCUUAUGUCCUUAUAAUACUGUACUUACCUAAAAGAUUUGGAAAGAAGAGAUUGCAUUGGGCUAGUAUAACAAUACUUUAGGAAAAUGAAUCUUUAAAACUCUUUAUAAAACAAUUUUGGUAUACUGAAGAUAAUUGAAAGAAUCCACAUGUCAUACAGCUAUUAAAUCACAUUUUGUUGGCACUAGCAUUAUAGAGAUUUCAUAAAAAUAUGCCAUCCUCUUUCCUUUUUCCUGGAGAACUAGUUAUUCAGAGACUACAGAAGAGUAAGAGGGCUUUAAAAGUGUUUUUAACUUUCACAGGGAUGAGCAGCUUUCUUAUAACAAGAUCAAGUCUAUUUAACGAAAACAAUACGGAUUAAAUUAGAUGUAUCUAGAACUUCCAUAUUUUGGGGAGUAUGCCGACGGCCGUAUAUGUUUUUUGUAUUCUUUGUUUUGAUCAUAAUAUCUAGAGUGAGCAAAAUAUUAUUGGAGAGCAGAAUUUUAAUCCUGAUAAUAUAUCAUUUGAUUUUCAAGUUUCUCACCAACAUCACCUUGGUUCCGGUCCUUGUUCUACUACUAGAAUUUCAAAAACUGGUUCCUCAUGACUUCAUUCCUCAUACUGUACUCAAAGAUACCCUGAAUAUUUCUGCUGGGAAAAAAAAAAAAAACUUUAAAAAAACAUCUCUUUCUUUGUGCCAAAUCAGAAAUCUCUAGGGGAUUCUUAAAUUCAACUUUAUUGAAUUUUACUCUUUCAAGACCCUUCCUAACGUGGUCCCACUCUAAAAGUUAAUUCAGUGUCCUCAGCACAGUCCUUCAUUUCAAAAACAGCUACACCAUCUGUAGUCUCCAGAUCUUACUUUAACAGUUAAUUUCAACUAAUAUUUUUCACUAGUUGUGUCAUACAUAGUAGUUAUGUCUCCUCAGCUAGAUUAUAAAGUGCUUUAUGGUAAGAGAGCAUUCUUAAUUGUAUUUACAGUGCCUGGCGUAGUCCUGAGCAAGAGAUUCAGAAAAACAUGUUGCUUCUUUGAUUUAUUGAAAAGUGAUUUACCAAUGAAUGUCCUAAGAUAUGUAAUUUAUCUUUUAUCAACCAUUUUCUCCCAGUGAAUAAAGUAGUGUGAUGUAGAGAAAAGAGCUUGGGUUUUGAAUUCAGAUAGACUUCCCUUACAGCACCACCUCUGUCCCUUAAUAGCCAUAGAUUUGGGGAAAUAUUUAACCUCAUUGAGUCUUGAUUUCUUCAUCUAUUAAAUGGGGGAGGGGCGCAGAGGAUGAGGCUUCUCUUGUAGGGUUGUUGUGAAGGUUAAGGGAGAUUCACUGAGCUUGUAGCUCAAUGCUCAUCACAUAGCAAGUGCUCAACAGAUAGUUCCCUUCUUUUAGACUUAUCAUGUGAUCAUAUCCAUUGUAGAUAGAUAGAUAGCAGUAAGACAUAUAACAUGAACAUUGUAUACAUAUAAAUACUUCAAGAAAAUGAUCAUAUUUCCGCUUUAAAUUUUAGCUACAACUGAAUGUGGUGCUAUUUGUCAACACCUAAAACUUCACUUUCUAUGAUUGUUUGCCAACAGCAAAAGAUGCAAUUUCAUAAUUAUAAAAUGUUAAUAAUUGCAAUAAAUAAAAUUAUAGUAAAAAGUAAUGUUUACAUUAUAAAUGUUCUAAAAUGAUCAUGCUUUGCUUUUACAAAGAGAGCUGAAUUUAUAAAUGAAUUGCAUUUUAAUUAAGUUUGAAAUCAAAUUCAUUUGUCCAGA